GUGGGUGGUGCUGGUGUGUGCUGGGCUGGUUUCACUUGAGCGGACCAGUCCAAAUAAAAAAAUACUCCGCUCCAGAGUCAGCUGCCCUCGUGCAAGAUGGACAGCGUGAACGACUAUGAGGCCGACACAGCGUUUCUGGGGGACUGGGGGCCCUUCCAGCGUCGUCUCUCGCUGCUGCUCUGCAUCACCCUGAUCCCCAACGGUUACGGGAGCCUGGUGGUGGUCUUCCUGGCCGACACGCCGGCCCACCGCUGCCUGGUGCCCGCGCACGGCCCAAACCUGACGGACGAGUGGCGCAACGCCAGCAUCCCCCUGGAGGAGGACGGCCGGCCUACAGAGUGCUCCCGGUACCGGUUGGACACGCUGCGGGUGUACUCGGAAGCGGGCGUGCUUCCUUCCGACGUCAACCUGACUGCCGUGCCCCGAGAGGGCUGCCUGGAUGGGUGGGAGUACGACCGCAGCGUUUACGCCUCCACCAUUGUUUCUGAGUGGGACCUUGUUUGUGCGCAGCAGUGGAAGAAACCGCUGACGACGUCGGUCUACUAUUGCGGUUACCUCGUCGGAUCCUUCCUGUCUGGCCAGCUCUCUGACAGGUUUGGCAGGAAGAUCGUGCUGUUUGUCACCCUGGGGGGCCAGACGCUGUUUGCCUUCAUCCAGGUUUUUUCUCACUCCUGGACGGCCUUCUGCGUCCUGUACUUCCUCGGCGGCAUGUCGCACAUCUCCAACUACCUGUCCGCCUACGUGCUCGGUGCGGAGAUUGCCACUCCUCGAGUUCGCGAGUUCUUCACCACGGCGGGCUCGUGUGUAUUCUUUGCGUUGGGCUACAUACUGCUGCCUCUCCACGCCUACUUCCUGCGAGACUGGAGGAUGCUGCUGCUGGGCAUCACCACGCCCGGAUUCCUCCUCUUAACUUUAUGGUGGUUCAUCCCCGAGUCGCCUCGCUGGCUUCUGUCUCAGGGAAGGAUCGCUGAGGCCGAGGCCAUCUUGAAAGACGCCGCCAAAAUGAACAAAAUAGAGGCGCCGGAAAAAAUCUUCACUCCUCUGCAGAACAAAUGUGGCUUUGAGAAGAUGAAGGCAUACAACAUCUGCGACAUGCUCCGCUACAGCAACAUCCGCUGGAUGUCUGUUGCGCUGUGGUUUGUCUGGAACAUGAUAGCCAUCGGCUACCUGGCCCUGUCGCUCAAUACGUCCAACCUGCACGGCGACGCCUACUUCAACUGUUUCCUGUCGGGGGCCGUGGAGAUCCCCGCCUACGUCAUCACGUGGCUCAUGUUCCGUCGCUGCCCACGCCGACUCACCAUGGCCGGCUGUCUCUUCGCUUCGGGUUUCUUCCUCCUGGUCAUCCAGCUCGUUCCGGCAGGCCUGCACUGGUUGGCGGUGACCCUGGAGAUGAUCGGCAAGUUCAGCUUGACGGUGGCUUUCUCGCACAUCUACGCUUACUCUGCCGAGCUCUACCCGACCGUGCUGAGGAACACGGCCAUGGGCGCCUGCUCCAUGGCCUGCAGGAUAGGCAGCAUCUUCGCACCCUACAUCAUCUACCUGAGAACAUAUUCGGUGUCGCUGCCUUACAUCCUGAUGGGCGUCCUGAUCACUAUGGCGGCGUUGCUCAGCCUCCUGCUCCCCGAGAGCUACGGAAUGCCCCUGCCGGAAAGCAUCGCUCAAAUGCAGCCCGGGUGCUGGCGGAAGGUCUACAAACGCACACACACCAAGGAAGAUGAGACGGCACAGAAGUCCACGGAUGUCCAGUAAACAUAAAUAUUCCAAUUCGAUAGCAUUCAAACCACGGUAUUAAUAAUUAGUGGAUUUUUUUUUAUUUUUGAGCCGAUGGAAGUGUGUUUUUACAUCUUGUAUUCUUCACUGAAUGCAUUAAUAAACAUUGAGGUUGUCAUCAA